GGCGUCAACCAUUCGAUCCGGUGUAUCGUCUAGUUACUUCCACGUCCCAAACCUGUCCCUGGUGAUCUGGCCUGUUUGCUGUUGUUUCGCGGAGAACAACGUGUAUUCGUCAUCAUGAGUGGAGGUUAUCCCCGCUACGGUUUCCGUCCCGAUUAUUUGAGUAAUCCGUCCGACUUAUCGUACGAUCGCACUGAUCCACCUCCGUCAAGUUCCUUUCCCCAAUCGGCACCGCCGACCGGGAGUGGCUUCGGUCGGGUGACGAGCGAACUUGCCGGCUGCUGGCAGUAUUGUAACAUCAAUGGACCGUUCCCCCCGAACAUGGUUCGCGCCGGGAUUGACACGGACGGGGAGGUGAUCUACGUCGGGCGUGCCUUUCACGAAGGCGACUUGGUACCGGCCAAGGUGAUUCCGACCAAAAAUCUGUCCUUCAUCUGCCACGGCGGUGAGGAGAUUCUGAAGGAGGACUUCGAAGUGCUUCGCUACGGAGCGUUCGUUUGGGAGUUUUCGUCGGGUGGUGCAGUCCCGGAAACGGCCCUCAAGAUCGGUGCCACUACCGACGGAGAACCACUGUACAUGGGCCGAGCAAUCCACAACGGUUCGCAAACGCCCGGCAAGGUACAUCCGUCGCACGGGUGCUGCUACAUUCCGUUUGAUGGCGCAGAGCUCAGUAUGCCCGACUACGAGGUGCUGUGUGUCAGAUAAACCCGCACGGUGGACGAAAUUAUAAACCGCAACGCGAUUUCGUGUCGGAAUGCUUACUUUG